CAAAUAAAAUUUUACGAUGCCUGCAGGACUUCAGCUUUCAAACAACAAAGAAAAUGGGUUAUUACAAGUAUAUCAGCCGAAGAGCAGCUCUUGAAAAAACAAACAAACAGGAAUAAACAAAACCCUUCUUUCUCUCCUCUUUUAACAGGCUGGUACUGGGGCAACAUGACUGUUGCUGAAGCCAAAGAGAGAUUGCAGGAUGCCCCUGAAGGAACCUUCUUGGUUAGAGAUAGUUCACAUUCAGAGUAUCUGCUGACUAUUUCGGUAAAAACAUCAGCGGGACCGACAAAUCUACGUAUAGAAUAUCAAGAUGGCAAGUUUAGACUGGACUCUAUCACUUGUGUCAGAUCUAGACUUAAACAGUUCAACAGCGUUGUGCAUUUGAUCGAGUACUAUGUUCUUAUGUGCAAGGACAGAACCGAAACACCUUCAAACGGAACAGUGCAUCUUUACUUGAACAAACCUCUCUAUACGUCCGCUCCAUCUCUGCAACACCGCUGCAGAAUAACUAUAAACAAAUGUACAAAUCAGAUCUGGGAGCUGCCAUUGCCAACGAGACUAAAAGAGUACUUGAGAGAGUACCAAUACCAGGUAUAAAUACCUUUUCUAAAUGCCUCUAAUGUAACUUUUAAAUGCGAUUCUUAAAAUCAGCCAAAGGACUGAGUAACCAGUUGUACAACUCGGCAUGGAAUUCACUAUCAAAACAGUGGCAGUUCUGGGGGAAAGGUUUUUAUUUCAGAUGCCACAAAGGGAGACUUUAUGUAGAAUAAUCCCAGC